GCUAGCCAAUUCUUAUUGAGACACUCGAUUGUUACGACGCUCUGUACGCCCGCUAAUAAGAGCAUUGCCAAUUUAUGGGAUGUUUUUCUUUUCAUGAUUCCUUUUGGAAUAUCGAGCGAAGUAUAUAUUUGAAGACAUUGUAGGGAAAGUUUAAGACGGCACGGAACGUUUAUAGAUAUUUAUUAGAAAUAGAACUGAAUCUUCAAGAGACGAACUAUAUAUGAGAAAACAAAUUGAAGUGGAACUAAAACACCGUCAGCGUAGAUCAAAGAAAGCUUUUUUGAUGAAUAUUUCAUCCGGAAUGACAGAAACAAUAUAGCUCUAUCAUUAGCUUCUGUAGAGUUCGUUUGAUUUGUCAACAUGGAUAACGAAACCUGUUAUACCUCUCGGACGGAUGAGGGAUUGUUUACAAAUGCCGACUUCUGGACACUGUGGCUUAGCGCAAUACCAUUUGUAAUUAUAUUUGUACUGACUGUCACAGCGAAUGGGGCAGUGAUUAUCAUGUUUGCCAUAAAAGUAAAAUUACGAAAGUGUAGAAACACGUACAUUAUGAGUUUGGCAGUGGCAAACUUUCUCAUCGGAAUAACCUUACCUAUUUCGAUUCUGGAGACACUUGGGGAAAAGUGGAUUUUCACCGAACAAGUUUGUACAUACUUUUUGACAAUUAGAUAUUCACUGUACUAUGUAACGAUCUUAAGUAUUAUCCUGAUUACAGCUGACCGGUGGUGGUCGGUGAACUUUCCUUUUUCCUACAGAAUUCGCCGGAGUAAGAAAAUGGCGUUAUCUUUAGCUGGCGUGAUCUGGAUACUCAGUUUUGUAAUUCACAUUCCUUCGAUUGUUGGUUGGAAUCUUUUGCACGUGCAUACUGUCAAACUACACAACUAUUGCCGUGUACCGUAUGAAUACAACCCUGGAUUUACAUUUUCGGCAUCUGUGAUAGAAUUUUUCAUUCCACUUAUUUUGCUCAUAUCACUGAACAUGGGAAUUUAUAUAAAACUUGCAAAACGAAGAAAUAGUAAAAAGAUACGACGUUCACUGAGUACAUCUGAAGGACAUGCCAUAUAUGGACGUAAAACUUCUUCCGAUUCGGAUAAUAACAAUAUGUCGGAUGACAAAAGUGAUGUUUUCUCAUCUAUCAACGUAAGAAGAGAACCACGGAGAAACAGUUCGGCUGUGUCGGCUAUGGUGCGUUUAGGGGGUGACAAAUAUGGUCUGUCUUUAGUCACAGCACGAAUGUUUGCCGCUCAGAGGAAUUCAACCGUUAGCCGUCUUUCAUGCGAGUAUGCGCAACUUAUGGCGUCAAUACAGCGAAAAUAUUCUUGUUCAAGACCAGUUUCGCGAACAAGCGUUUCAAAGACAAAACAUCACGAUGAUAUGGUUAGGGACUUUUUGCUUCGACAAGACAAUAAAGCACUCCUUUCACUUGCGUUAUUAGUCAUUACCUUCGUGAUUUGUUGGACACCGUCAAUUCUAUGUGAUAUAUUGUACGCAUUUUGUCCUAGUAAAGUUCCAAUGUGGCUAAUUCAGAUGUCGUACUGGAUUUUAGCACUCAGUUCGUCGCUUAAUCCAUUUCUUUAUGGCAUUGGAAGUAACGAUUUUAGACGUUUGGCAAGAUACUGGUUUUGUGAUGAGAAAAAACAGACACGUAUUCUAGAGAACAUGCUGUACAAUCAGUUUAUACAACCGUGUGAUUUGAUAACAAAGAAAGGGGAAAUAUUUGAAAACAGACGGACAAUCUCAAACAACAAUGUGAGUUAUGUAUAACGUAAAGUAUAGUUUUGUGUUCAAGGAACUUCCGUUGACUUGCCGAGAACAUGUUUGGUGCUAAUAGCUGGUUUGAUAGACUGGUUUAAGUGCAUGUAUAUUAUGAAACAUUUAGAUAACUUAAACUUUGACCUAAAUUUUGUUUUGUUUUUCGUUGAGAAUGUUUCAGUGUUAACUUUAUAAUGAAAAUAAUAUUAUUUAUUAGACAAAAUUGCCCAGUUACCAUUUGACAUUUUUAUUAUCUUUGAAAUUGCCUCGAACUUUCUACAACAUUUCAUGAUUUUAAUAUCAUAUACAAAAGGAAUUAUAAUCCAAGUUAUAUAAGAGUAUGGCGGUGAUUUCCAAUUAUAAGAGAAUAGGAGAAGUGGUAACUGAAAUUUUGAAAAGUAUUUAUUUUUAUAUGUAGUUAUGAGGAGUAUUUGUAAAUGAUAUUUAACAUUGCGUUCAGCUAUAUACUUAAGUAGUUAUAUGAUUCAACCGCAAUUAUUGUUGUUAAUUUGUAUUUACUCUGUUGUUAAGUUUGUUUUAUUGCAUUGUGAAG